AUGACUUCCAAUGCAGUUCUGACUAUUGCGGGCUCAGACUCUAGCGGAGGAGCUGGCAUCCAAGCCGACUUGAAGACGUUCACUGCACUCGGCUGCUACGGGACAAGUGUUGUGACCGCACUGACGGCCCAAAACACAACUGGUGUUCAAGGAGUGUACCCAACUCCGCCAGAGUUCGUCGAGCAGCAGCUGCGAUCCGUACUGGACGAUGUCGAGAUCAACGCAAUCAAAACGGGCAUGCUGGUGGAUGCCGACGUGACGCGGGCGGUCGCUCGCACGCUCAAGUCGCAUUACGGCGCCGCGAUCCCGCCGCUGGUGUGCGACCCGGUGUGCGUGUCGACGUCCGGACACACCUUGCUGCACCCCGACGCCGUCGACGUCAUGAUCUCCGAGCUGUUCCCGCUCGCGGCGGUCGUCACCCCAAACAAGGCCGAGGCCGUGCUCCUGCUGUCCCAGCGCGGGCUGCCGUCGCGCGUGGACACGCUCGAGGACAUGCUCGUCGCGUCGCGCAACCUGCUCUCGCUCGGCCCGCGGGCCGUGCUGCUCAAGGGCGGGCACAUUACCACGACAAUGGACGACGUGCGGAAGGUCGCUGCUGCGCACCCGCACAUUCAGGUCGUCCGCGAGGGCCUGCUCGGCGAGAACAUGGAGAUUCUGCAGGUCGCGGAGCAGGACUUGUCGAAACGGGUGCUGGUUGUAGACGCUUUGCAAGAAGCCAACGCAAUCACUCUCUUCGUGCGUCCUCGUAUCGACUCAAAGAGCACCCAUGGAACAGGCUGCACGCUGUCUGCUGCACUUGCGACGGCGCUCAGCCGCGGAAAGACAUUCGCUGAGGCUACGCGGGCGGCAACGGCAUACACCCACCUUGGGAUCGAGACCGCAGAGCCUAUUGGCAGUGGGCACGGCCCCCUCAACCACCUCCACCCAAUACUCAUACGGAGUGUGCCGCAGCCGACGGAGAGCAACCCUCACCCUCUCGUCCGCUCGAUGAUCGAGUCUUCGAGGAGUAUAUGGAAAGCUUACGUCGAGCACGACUUUGUCAAGCAGCUGGCCAUGGGGACGCUCCCGCGGGAGUGCUUCCUGCACUUCCUAAAGCAAGACUAUCUCUACCUCAAGUACUACGCACGUGCAUACGGCUUGCUCGCGGCCAAGUCGGCGACGUUCCCUGCGAUCGAGACUGCAACGCGCACGAUCAUCAAUGUCGUGACCGAGGUGUCGAUGCACACUGCGUACUGCGCCGAGUGGGGCGUGAGCGAGCAGGAGCUCGCCGCGACCCCGGAGUCGCCUGCGACGACCGCGUACGGCGCGUACAUCCUCGACGCCGGGAUACAAGGGGACAGCGCACGGCUCGUGAUGGCGCUUGCGGCGUGUCUGCUCGGAUACGGCGAGGUGGGCUUGUGGCUGAAGCGCGAGGCCGCGCGGCCGGACACCUGGGUGAAGCUUGAGGACAACCCGUACCGCCGGUGGAUCGACGACUACUCUGGGGCGAAUUAUCAAGCCGCUGUGAAACUCGGCCUCGAGACGAUCGAGGCGCUCGCCGUUGCGGACCCGCCGUCGCCUCAGAGAUACCGCGAGUGGCUGAAGGUGUGGGAACGCUGCACACGUCUAGAGAAGGGCUUCUGGGACAUGGGGCUCGGGCUUAUGUGACAUGCUGAUGGUGACGGGCAUGCAAGAAAAGAGACAGAAUAUUUAGUGCAGAUAUACGAUAGCGAUAGGUAUGCAACAG